AUGUCACUGACCACACCCUCCAGUCAUGGUGCUGGGAGACCGGUCAAUAAUGGUGUGUCUGAUGUGGAAGAGGAGGAAAUUCUUAAAGAAGUGUGUAUAUCCAACGGGUUAAAGUACCACCGAUUGGAGAAUGGCAAUGCAGAACAUGUCAAACACAUUGAGAUGUUUUUUUCUGGUUUCCCCAAAAUUGUUGGGAUGGAUAGAUUUCCAAAUCUGGCAACUCUUUGUGUGGUUGCACAAGACAUCGAUAUGAUGUUUGGUUUAACAUCAUGCCCAAAACUUAAAGAACUGUGGAUUUGUGAGUGUAAGCUACAGAGGAUUGAAGGCCUUGGGGAGUGCAAGAGACUUGAAAAACUCUAUCUAUAUGAUAACCAAAUAUCUAAGAUAGAAAACAUUUCACAACUGAAACAUGUUGAAGUAAUAUGGCUUGCCAAGAAUAAUAUCUCAGUUAUCGAGGGUUUAAGUGGACUUGUAUAUCUCAAAGAAUUAAAUUUGGCUGAAAAUAAGAUUGAUAAAAUAGGUCACUCCUUGGAUUCUCAUCUCAGAUUGGAACAUUUAAAUCUUUCUGGAAAUAAAAUUUACUCAUUCAAGGAACUGACAAAUCUUGUCAGGUUACCAAACUUGAAAUUUCUUGGACUAAAAGACCCGCAAUAUUCACCAAAUCCUGUUUGUUUGUUGUGCAAUUACUCCACUCAUGUUUUGUAUCACUUGCCGACAUUGGAGAGGCUUGACACAUAUGAUGUGGCUAAUAAGAACAUCAGGGAAAUGGCUGAGGCCACAGUUGUUAAAAAGAAAAUGUAUUACAAUAUGAGGGUAAAGACAAUCAGUAGAAACAAGACAGAACUGAUGAUGUGUCUUCAAAAAGAAAAGACAAAACUUAGUCAGUUACCGUAUGAUAGAGUAAAAUACCUUACAGAGAUGCUCAAAGUGAUUGAACGGGAGAGAGAUGAGAUAAGAGGAUCCAAAGGAAACCAUGACGAUGACAUAUGUAGUAAAGAUGAAGAAAUUGAGCAACAUGGUAGUGGUACUGAAAGCGAUACCAUUGAAGAAGGGAAGCAGUCAUUAACCAAGAAACUUAAAAAAAAACUGCAGGCGUUGAAAGAAAGAAUUAAACUUUACUAUCAUAAAGUGGAGGAGAUUGAGAAAUGCUACGAUGAGAGUGUGUCUCGUAUGCGCCAGGUUUGUGAUGUAACAGUUCGUAGAUUGCUAACAGAGUUAGAAACUGGUGGUAAUGUGAGAUUUGAAGAUGGACGAUCAGCUGAUGUUUGGUUCACUUCUUGCCAUGACUUAAUCCUGUCCCGAUUUUGUGCCGCGGAUUACAAGGAUUAUGGUGUCUUAGGAAUUAAGAUUCACAGGAUUACUAAAGUACAUAACAGAAUAUUGAGAUUGAAAUUUGAUGAGAAGUUGUCAGCCUUAUUGGAUAAAGAUGAUUCCCCCACACUCAGCAAGUAAGUCAAUAAAUCAGUUAAGAAACUCCUUGAGUAUUUAUUUUUUGUGUGGGAUCCUGAAUUACCAGGUGGUAAAAAUGAAUUGAUGAGAGUGUUGGAAGAAGGACCGAUGGAUCCAGAAACCUACCAGAUUGUUGAGGAAACUUGGCGUGAUGGUGCUGUGCCAUUGUCUAAUAGUCUGUGUGUUUCUGAAAGACCUCGCAUUGAUUUCAUGUUGAGAGAAGCCAAAAGUAAAUCAUUGUCUGAUCCCUGUCCAUUUAGACAUGGUCAACUGGUUGUGUGUAAAGUAUAUAUUGGUAAAAGUACCCCAGCGUUAGAUGUCAAAAUGAUACAUAAACAAAUGUACCCUAGAGCUGAUUCAGUAUUCCGUCCUAAGAAACAUGAGAAAUGUUCUCCGUCCAGUGGUACAAGUGGUACAUCACCAGUAUGUGAAUGUACUGCCCGUCAAUGUGAAUGGUUCCACUUUGACCAUGACUUAGUCUUGCCAGAAUAUGUUAUAGACUUUGAGUAUAUCACAAAGACAAAACCCAAAUCCCCGUUUGCCUAUCUGAGUGAUGGUAUGAUUGAUAACAAUGACUUGCCUAGAAAAUCUGAAGACAAUGAUCUUGGACUUGAUGAUGAUAUUAUAAAUAUGGAACCAGAAAUAAAGCAAAGACCGAGAUUGAUAGCACUUACAGAAGAACUCAUAUUAAAGGCAACCAAAGCAUCAUCUCUAGCUGGAGUGACAAUACUCAAUUUACAUGGUAAUGGUUUGAGUAAAUUAAAGUACAUGAGUUCUAUGCCACUGUUAAAGAAACUCAUUGUUAGUUUUAAUGACCUUACAAAGCUAGAUGAUGUAGCUCAUAUGCCUCACCUUGAAUACUUGGAUGCAAGUUUUAACAAAGUUUACACACUGGAAGGAAUGAGGGGGAUGACAAAACUGAAAACAUUGGAUUUGAGUUGGAAUGAGUUGAGCAGUACACGAGAUGAAUUGUCAAUAUUACGUAAACACUGUAAUGGUGUUACUAAUCUAGAUUUAAGACACAACCCAUGGCAAAAGCCUGAUGGUCUACGACUGAGAACUAUUGGUCGACUCAAAUCCUUGACAAAGCUAAAUGGUGUGAGCAUUACAGAGAGUGAAGCUACUGCAGCACUACGUAUGGCUGCAGGAUCACGGAUAUCUCAGGUGUCUCUCUUAGCACAUUCCAGAACAGAUAGAGUGAAACCUAGAAGUCUUAGUCUAGCAUCUUGUGCUCAAGUACUUUGGUCAACAAGUCGUCACAAGCCAGACAGAGUGAGUGAGACUGACAGUCAAUGGUACUUACAGGUGACAACGCUAAACCUGGAUAGUCAGCAUAUCAGCAAGAUCUCUAAUUUAGAUCGUUUAGAAAACUUACGUUUUGUGUCUUUCAAUGAUAAUGAUAUCACCAAAAUAGAAGGCUUGGACGGUUGUGUCAAGCUAGAAGAACUGUCAUUAGAAAAUAACUGUAUAUCCAAACUGGAAGGUAUCUCUAAGUUAACUAGGCUUAGGUAUCUGAAUGUUGGAAGCAAUAGUAUCACUACGUUGGAAUCAUGUGGACUUGAGAAACUAGUUGACUUACAGUAUCUUUCAGUUGAAAACAAUAAGAUAACUUCAUUGACAGGACUAAGUAAAAUCAUGUCAUUGAUUGAACUGUACAUUGGCAAUAAUUGUAUAUCCAACAUCAGAGAGAUCUUUCAUUUGAAGAACUUACCCAGCUUUGUGAUAUUGGAUUUAUAUGGUAAUCCAGUGGCCUCUGAAGCAGAUAAUUACAGAUUGUUUGUAGUAUACCAUCUGAAGACACUUAAAGCACUGGAUGGUAUUGCUAUUGAAUCAUCUGAAGGUGGUACUGCUAAGGACACAUUUGGUGGAAGACUAACCCAGGACUUUGUUGCUGAGAGACUUGGUCAUGCUAACUUCCUGGAAGUAAGAGAACUAGAUUUUCCACAGUCUGGUAUUCGCCAGGUAGACCUAGGACCUGGAGAACAGUUUCUCAAUUUGAGAAGCGUGAACUUGGAACAUAACACACUGACAUCAUUCAGUGGUCUCAUAUAUUUGGUCAAUCUCAGAGUAUUAUGUUUAAAUAACAAUCACAUAGAGACCAUUGUACCCAAACCAAAGGCAUCAAGCAAACAGAAACCUAACGUUGUAUCUGCCAAUGAUCUGUACAGUCCAGAGAACUUUACUCCAGUAUUGGAAAACCUGGAAGUUCUACACCUUGGAUACAAUGGAAUUGCUGACCUUGUAAAGCUACAAAUUAGUAGACUACCUUCAUUGAAAGCUUUAUUUCUUCAAGGUAAUGAGAUAACUAAAGUGGAGGGGUUAGAAGGACUGCAAGAAUUACGUGAGUUGGUGUUAGAUAGAAACAAGAUUAAAGGAUUAAAUGAGUAUUCCUUUAUGAAUCAAUGGAAUCUAGUGGAGUUACAUAUGGAAGAGAACAGACUGCGGGAUUUGUCAAACUUCCAUCAUUUGGAGACUUUACAGAGGUUGUACCUUGGUAUGAACAGAGUACAGGAUAUGGGUGAAUUAGAGAAGUUAGAAUGCUUGAAUAACAUGAUUGAGUUAUCAGUUAUUAGCAAUCCUGUGUCCAGGCGAUUGAUGCAUCGUCCAAUGUUGGUUUAUCGUCAGCCUAAUCUUUUAUGUAUUGAUGGGAUACCAGUGAGUGCUGAUGAGAGAACCAAAGCAGAGCUGUAUUUUAUGGAACAACAGCCUGUAGGUAUGAUUGGUGGUGUGGAAGGUGGUUUGCCUGGAAUUACAUCAUUCAAGACUACUGGUUCAUCCACACCUCUUAAAGUGACUAAUAUGCAGCUCGGUGCCCAGCCAAUGCAAACUGACAGACAUGGAUGGAGUACUUCUAUAAGAUAUGGACCUGAAGACACUCAAAUAACAACACAUCCAGCAGAAACACGUGGAAAUAUGUUACGUCCUCAACAGCGAGGCAGUGGGCGUGGUGAUGCACAUGGAUCAUCUGGUGGAAAUAUUCGCAUUGGACAAAGUCAUUUUGGAUCUGGUCACAGUUCAAGCAGCAGUGCUAGCAGUCGUGGACAGUACGUACCUCACCAGAUACCAUAUAUACCACACCAGCCAGCUUCCAAUAGUGCUGACAAUGUGUACUGUGGUCAUUCGGAAAGUUUAGCAAGAUUGACAAAUAAUAAUGGUAGGAAACGUCCAUAAUGAGCUCUAAAGAACCCAAAACCAUGGCUA